AUGGUGUUUGCGGCGUACCGAGCCAUGAGGCUCAUGAAGGAUCAGAAAGAUAGAAAAUUCGUCAUUUUAACCCAACCUACCUUAAAUCCCGAACCUGUUGAAGACAGACCUUCAUUCAGAAACUACAGAGCGGUUGAUUUCAUCGCUGCGGGUAAAAUAGUAAAACCAGAAAAGAUGAAAAUCUACGUUUCUGGGACUAAAUUUUACGCGAACACGUCAACUUUUACAAAUUAUCCGGACACACUGCUAGGAAGCUCGGACAGAGAGACCCACUUUAGCAAACAACUGGGCUGUUUUUUCUUUGACAGGAACAGGAAAGCGUUUAAAGCCAUCCUGAACUGGUACACCACCGGGGUUCUGGAGUGUCCCAAGUCGAUGGAAGUUUGGGAGUUUGAGCGAGAGUUACAGUUCUUCAGAAUCAACGCUAAAAACGGUACUGUAGCUAAUCCGCCGGUGAUCCACAAGAUCCGGCCCAACAAGAACUGGCCGGAGUGGCAGAGGAAGGUUUACUACGUGGUAGCAGAGCCGGGUGACGAUCUCAAGUCUAAAGUAUGGGCGGUACUCGACACAGUCUUCAUAUUGUGUUCUAUAGUGUUCUUUGUAGCUGAAACUGAGCCCUAUUUUAAAGAAACGCUUACACAUCCAGAAUCACUUACGUAUGCUAUUUUCUUCUGGGGGGAUUCCAUCUGUGUCACCUUCUUCCUGUUCGACUUCAUUGUCCGCAUGUUGGUUUGGCCACACAAACCGGAUUUCUUCAAAUCGCUACUUAACUGGCUGGACUUCCUGGCUAUCCUCCCGUUCUUCGUGAUGAUAACCACCAAUUAUCUGACAGUAAAUGAUGACCAUACCGCCGAUAAUCUGACAGGCAAUGAGGGUAAUUACACCAUUGCUGCUGAUCAGGUGGCUGAACCAGCAGACAAGGGACAGAUCGUGGCGCUGAAAGUGCUGCGUCUCAUGCGAGUAAUCCGACUAUUAAAACUGGCUAAACACAGCGAGCAGCUGGUACUGAUUAUGACGGUGGUGAGGAGAAGUGGUAAUGAGAUGAGCAUCAUGGCCCUCCUCUGGAUAAUCUCCACUAUUACAUUCGGCUCCAUCAUGUUCUACGCGGAGGGCGAGCACCCAGACACGGACAUGCCUUCCAUCACAGCUUCCUGCUGGUGGACUAUAGCUACCAUGUCUACUGUAGGGUACGGGGACAAGGCUCCUAAGACUAACCUGGGGAGGUGUCUGGGGUCGUGUGUGGUGUUGGUUUCCAUGGUAUUCAUGGCGCUGCCCAUGACACUUAUUGUUGGCAAGUUCAGUGCUGCGUAUGAUGAGAUGUCCAAUAAUGAGGAGGAGGAAGGGACGAAUGCAGAGGACAAGAAGGAGGAAGGGACGAAUGCAGAGGACAAGAAGGAGGAGAAAGGGACGAAUGCAGAGGACAAGAAGAAGGAAGGGACGAAUGCAGAGGACAAGAAGGAGGAGAAAGGGACGAAUGCAGAGGACAAGAAGGAGGAAGGGACGAAUGCAGAGGACAAGAAGGAGGAGGAAGGGACGAAUGCAGUAGAGGACAAGAAGAAGGAAAAUGGUUGA